CCUUACUGUUAGAUCCCUAACUUUAGACCAAUUACGUUGACUAAUUACUCAACCGUUGUGUAACCGUUGUCUCCUGAACGCAACCUAUGCAAACAGGCGAAAAGAUUGUUGGGGUGAGAGAUGUUCGUAUGACGAGUUUACCGCGUAAAUCUCUUACAGUAAGAAACAAGAGGAAUUUAUUAUGGAGAUGCUUGAAAGUACGCGCGUAUCACCGCGAGUGUUCACGGCAAUACAGAAUGUCGACAUCAUGGAGCUGUCGUUGUGUUCACAUAAAGAUAUCAGGCCCAUCUUACCGUGUUUGGUUAGAAUGAGUCUUAUCUCUCCGCUGGACAUAACGAGGGAAUGUGUAGAGGGCAGAAAACAGGUACUCACGAUACUUUCCGGCAUCGAAUCCGUUAACUCCAUUAUAGCCCUCUUGUCUAUUGACUUUCAUGCGUUGGAAACUGACGUUAGAAAGGAGCAGCAGUUAAGACAAAAAGGAGGCAGCACACAUCGAGAGAGCGUGCUGGCUCAAUCCUUGCAGAGUGGCUUGGCUUUGGAAUUUGAGCGCAGCGAAUCCACUCGCAGGAUCAGACUGGUGUUGUGUGAGAUAUUGUUUAUAGCAGCUCAGAUUCAAGAGCUGCAGAAGAAUCAGGAGUUUCAGAUCAAGCAAUCAGAUUUGUUCGACAAUGCUGUCUAUAUGGAGGAGAUCAGUUAUGUCAUCUGUAUAGCACUGGCAGAAUUACCUACUUUGCUGUCUAUACUGGAUAUUACAGAGACUCUGCUGCACGUGAAGCAUGGCCCUGAUAUUAUCUGUUGGAUAGUGGCCAACAGUCCAGAUAGCUUCUCAGAGGUAUGCACUCACUUGAUUGCCAAUGGUGAGAGGCAGGAGGAAUCGGCAUUGGGUCGAAUCAGGACGCAGACCCUGACGAUGUUGUGUCAGAUGAAUCCAAGCCAAGCACUGGCAAUCAGAGCCAAGUGCGUGGAGCUAUGCAGAAUGCCAGCAUUGGCGAUUGCUCUGAGUCUCGAGCACAAAAGCGUGGACAAUCCGCAGCAACGCGACACUGAGAGCGACGUGGUCGCUUUCGUGUCUGGCCUCUUGCUAGGUAGCGAUCAGCAGGUGCGCUCAUGGAUUGCGAUGUUCAUUCGCAACGGUCAGAAGCGGAAGUGGGAGUCGCACACGGCGUUGCAGGCUCUGCGGGAGGAGCUGCUCAAACGACUGCAGACUAUUGCGUCGCAGAGCACGGACGGCCAGCUGGCAGAGUCUCAGGUGGUGCAGGCUAGCGCAUUAUUGAGGCUCUACUGCGCUCUACGCGGCAUCGGCGGCAUCAAGUUCCAAGACGACGAGGUGGCGAUGAUAGUACAGCUGUUGACAUCGCAUCCACCGCCGUCACCUGCCGGCGUUCGUUUUGUGUCAUUGGGCCUGUGCAUGUUAAUAGCCUGUCCGUCGCUAAUCGGUCAUCACAAUCUCGAGAAGCGUAGUAUCGAAUGGGUGCAAUGGCUAGUUCGUGAGGAGGCUUACUUCGAGAGCGCCAGUGGUGUCACAGCUAGUUUCGGCGAAAUGUUGCUGUUGAUGGCUAUACAUUUCCACAGCAAUCAGUUGUCAGCAAUUUGCGAGUUAGUGUGCGCCACUUUAGGUAUGAAGAUACCGAUUCGGCCGAAUAAUCUCACGCGAAUGAAACAGAUUUUUAUGCAAGAGAUUUUCACCGAACAGGUAGUAACGGCGCAUGCAGUUAAGGUGCCGGUAACGGCAAACCUUAAUGCCAAUAUCCCCGGAUUCUUACCAGUGCACUGCAUUCAUCAAUUGCUCAAGUCACGGGCGUUCGCGAAACAUCGAGUACCUAUCAAGAAUUGGAUCUACCGACAGAUCUGCGACAGCGUACCACCGCUGCAUCCGGUGUUGCCUGCCUUGGUGGAGGUCUAUGUCAACUCCAUUCUUGUGACGAACACUAAGACGUCAGAACACACGAAUAAGCCCAUCACUGAGGACGAGAUUCGCAGGGUGUUCCAGAACUGCGCGUUUGGCGCCAAUUUCGACGUCAAGAAGAAUUCCGUCAACACCAUGCAGACGGACGAAAGCAUAGAUGUCGAUACUACCAAACCGUCCCUCACCUCCCAGUUACUACUCUUGUAUUAUCUUCUGCAGUACGAAGACGUAAGGUUGGCAAAUAUGCAUACCUUCAUUUCCCAGGGAAGAAAGGUCAAGUCAUACUCGGCGGACUUCCUCACCGAGCUGCCGAUCAAAUAUUUGCUACAACUGGUCCAGCGCGAUCAGAUGAAUUACGCCAGCCUGUUCUCGCCUCUUCUGCGACUAUUGGCGACUCAUUUCCCUCACUUAUCCUUGGUGGACGACUGGCUGGACGAUGAGAUGAUCAAUAUAGACUCAGGCAUCGCGAGUUACGAGAACGUGAAAAUCAAUGACGCCGCGAUCAUCGAAGCGUUCGGCCAUGUUAAGACUUGUCCCUCGAGAACGGGAAGACUGCUGAGGCAACUGAUGACGCUAAAGCCGACUGAAAUCUGGCCUCAUGCUGAGAUAAUAAUACAUUAUUUUAAGGAUAUUCUUGACGAACAGGUUCCCAGAUACAUACAAGAGCUCUAUAAGCAAGUAUGGCUCAGGCUUAAUACUGUUUUACCACGUUGUCUAUGGGUGUUAUCUAUAAACGCACUGUUAAUAGAAAAUGCAAUCGUGAAAAGUGUUUUCUUAACACAAGAUAAUAUCGUAUUGGAUCCACUGCAAGUACUGAGAUGUGAUACAAGAGUUUUCAGAUGCGCGCCAAUUUUAGCUGUAGUUCUUAGGAUAUUGCAAGCUACCCUAGCCGCGUCCCGAUCUCAAUUAUCUAGACAUAUGCAGGACAAGCCUUUGACCGAAAAGAUUGGACAGUUGACAAGUGAGACGGAAAGAGAAGACUUACGGAUAGCUUUGGUGGCAGGUCAGGAAAGUGCAGCGGUGCAGAUUUUAUUAGAAGCGUGUCUGGAAACGAAGGAAGACAAACAUGUUCCCGGACAAAUGUGGUCUCUCAGAGAAAUACGCAGUGUCGUGUGUUCGUACUUACACCAAGUAUUUAUAGCCGAUCCUUCCUUGGCUAAAUUGGUCCAUUUUCAGGGUUAUCCACGGGAGUUAUUGCAAAUCACGGUUCCAGGAAUUCCGUCCAUGCAUAUAUGUCUCGAUUGGAUCCCAGAAUUAUUGUCGCAACCUGAGCCGGAAAAACAAGUAUUUGCGGUGGACUUGGCGUCGCAUCUGGCGAUCCAGUAUGCUCUGCCGAAGACCUUGAGUGUUUGCCGACUAGCGAUUAACACUUUAAUAACGCUUUUGGGAGUAUUACCCGCCGAAGAGCGGGUGGUCCUCUUCAUACCAGUGUUAGAAUCAUUGACACGAAUAUGCCUGGCUUUCCCGCCGUUGGCUGAGGAUAUCACGGGCUUGCUGCUCCAACUUGGUAGAGUGAGCGCAGCUCAAGCCGCUCUGGGUGACAAAUCGGCGGAUUUGUUGUGCCGAGAAGUAAAAGGGACGUUUAGCAAGAUGCUGAGUAAAGCUAUACUGCAAACACGACUUUACUGACAAACUAAGGGACCUCGUAAACUGUACAAAGAAUCAUGUCAACUGUGUAUAGAACUUGAAAUUAUAUAUACGUAAAAUUUA